ACGUGCUGCCGCCGAUCAGAGUCGGCCAGUCCGCUGGAGUCGGAGUUGUUAUUGCUAGGUGUGCUGGCUGGGGUCUGGAUAAAUAGACACAAGAAGUUAGUUACAAAAUAAAACAAAUUGCUGUCUCCAAAUACUAAACCAAGAUCCAUGAGUGGGCACCGGUCAGCAAGGAAACGAUGUGGAGAUCCUCACCCAGAGUCCCCUAUGGGCUUCGGGCAUAUGACUACUACAGGGUGCGUAUUAAAUAAAUUGUUUCAGUUACCUACACCACCACUGUCAAGACAUCAGCUAAAGCGGCUAGAAGAGCACAGAUACCAGAGUGCCGGACGCUCCCUGCUUGAGCCCUUCAUGCAAGGGUAUUGGGAAUGGCUAGUUAGAAGAGUUCCCUCGUGGAUUGCUCCAAAUCUCAUCACCAUCAUUGGACUAUCAAUAAACAUCUGUACAACUGUAUUGUUAGUCUUCUACUGCCCUACAGCUACUGAGCAGGCACCUCUGUGGGCAUAUAUUGCUUGUGCAUGUGGCCUUUUCAUUUACCAGUCUUUGGAUGCUAUAGAUGGGAAACAGGCAAGAAGAACCAAUAGUAGUUCUCCUUUGGGAGAACUUUUUGAUCAUGGUUGUGAUUCACUAUCAACAGUUUUUGUGGUUCUUGGAACGUGUAUUGCAGUGCAACUUGGGACAAAUCCCGAUUGGAUGUUCUUUUGUUGUUUUGCUGGGACAUUCAUGUUCUAUUGUGCACAUUGGCAAACAUACGUUUCUGGAACAUUGCGAUUUGGAAUAAUUGAUGUGACUGAAGUGCAAAUCUUCAUAAUAAUCAUGCAUUUGCUGGCAGUGAUUGGAGGACCACCUUUUUGGCAAUCUAUGAUUCCAGUGCUGAAUAUUCAAAUGAAAAUUUUUCCUGCACUUUGUACUGUGGCAGGGACCAUAUUUUCCUGUACAAAUUACUUCCGUGUAAUCUUCACAGGUGGUGUUGGCAAAAAUGGAUCAACGAUAGCAGGGACAAGUGUCCUUUCUCCUUUUCUCCAUAUUGGAUCAGUGAUUACAUUAGCUGUAAUGAUCUACAAGAAAUCAGCAGUUCAGCUUUUUGAAAAACAUCCCUGUCUUUAUAUACUGACAUUUGGUUUUGUAUCAGCUAAAAUCACUAAUAAGCUUGUGGUUGCACACAUGACGAAAAGUGAAAUGCAUUUACAUGACACAGCAUUCAUAGGUCCAGCACUUUUGUUUCUGGACCAGUAUUUUAACAGCUUCAUUGAUGAAUAUAUUGUCCUUUGGAUUGCCCUGGUCUUCUCUUUCUUUGAUUUGAUCCGCUACUGUGUCAGUGUCUGCAAUCAGAUCGCGUCUCAUCUGCACAUACAUGUCUUCAGAAUCAAGGUCUCUACAGCUCAUUCUAAUCAUCAUUAAUGAUGCAGUUGGUGUUACAUAGGAAACUUAUGUUUUCCACAGGAGAGAAUCUGAACAUACUAAGGAGAAUGGGGGUGGAUAAGAACAAAUAUAAUUUAUAAUAAUCAAUGUUGUAUAACUUUCAUUCUUUGUUGUUGGUAACACUCCCUAACUAUCCUGUGUGAGAAUGGGAAUUUCAGGUCUCAUCCUAUAAAUUGUACAUGUUGUCAAACAGAGUUUGGCCCAAGAAAGCAUGCAGGAAAAAAAUGCCAUGUGUUUGUGAUUAUCCUGGAAAAAUACCGUCAUGAGGAGCAGAUCCCCAGUGGUGGAAAUUUCUAAUGUAGAAUAUUUUCAGGUCAAAAGAUGGUUGCUUUUAAUUUUAACACAUUAUCAUCUUUUAGUAACAUCCUUGUUCAGUGUCUUCUCAAGCUUUCUUUAGUAAGGAGCUCAGCUGUGGAACAGAUUCAUGCUAUUAGGUUAUGAGGUAAAACGAGUGAUUAAAAACCUUGAAUUUGGAUUGAAAGGUUUCCUAUCUUUACAUUGUUGAGGAAAUAAUUUUUUUAUUGCUCAAGAAAUGGCAUCUCUCAUGGGCUUGGGAAGUCCUGUUAGCAUGCAGAAUAAUGUGGUAACUUUAUCAAUCUGUUUUAUUUUUUUAAAUAAAUAUAUGAUCUGCAAGCCAGCUUUUUUCUCAGUUUUGUUCAGUAAAAAGAUAAGCAAAGUUUAAUGUCAUUUUUUUAAAUUUUAAGCAAAAUUUAUUUCUGUUCUUUAAUAAAUAAGGAAGUUUGGUCAGCUG